UUCACGUCGACGCGUCAAAUGCAUCAACAUGAAAUCAUCAUUGCUCUUCCGACUGUUUCGGAUUCGGCCUCCUUUUCACCGAGUGACGAGACUUUCUAGCCGCGUCGUUCACGCCAACUCGUUUGCUGAGAGGAGCCACACAUGCGGCGAGCUGCGAAAGUCGGAUGUCGGUCGAAAAGUGAAACUUAGCGGAUGGGUCCAGUUCCAGCGCCUAAACAAGUUCGUGUUGUUGCGCGAUGCUUACGGCGUGACGCAACUGGUGGUGCCUGAUGAGAGGUUGGAUGUGGUGAACAAAAUCCGGGAUGUUCCUCUUGAGUCAGUCAUUUCUGCCGAUGGGAAAGUUGCUGCAAGACCUCCAGGGCAAGCAAAUGCUAAACAAUCUACAGGAGAGAUUGAAGUGCUUGUGGAAGACUUGCAAGUGCUCUCGAGUUCCACAACGAACCUGCCUUUUACAAUCCAAGAAUCACCAAAAGUAAAAGAAUCAUUACGACUAGAACACAGAUAUUUGCAGCUGAGGCAUGAGUCAAUGCAAAGAAAUAUCAGACUGCGAUCAGAAAUUGUAAUGAAAAUGAGGGAAUUUUUAAUCAGAAGGCAUGGUUUUGUGGACAUCGAGACACCAACGCUCUUUAGACGAACCCCUGGGGGUGCUCAAGAAUUUGUUGUUCCUACCCGAAUGCCCGGCAAAUUUUAUUCUCUAGUGCAAAGUCCACAGCAGUUUAAGCAGUUGUUGAUGGUUGGCGGUUUUGAUCGCUAUUUCCAGAUUGCACGUUGUUACAGAGACGAAGGAACUAAAUCCGACCGCCAACCAGAAUUCACGCAGGUUGACAUUGAAAUGUCUUUUACAACAAAAGAGAAUAUCCAAAGAUUAAUUGAAGGACUGUUGAAUCACGUUUGGCCCGAAGACAUGGGUAAUAUACCAAUUCCGUUUCCUGAAAUGAAAUACAAGGACGCUAUGCAAAAUUACGGAGUAGACAAACCCGACACACGAUUCGACAAUCUGCUUCAAGACAUAACGGAUCUCGCCAAGGCCAACGAAAUGUCUCGCAUAUUCGACAGUUCCCAGAUUGCAAAUUUUGCUGCAAUCGCCAUAGUUUUCAAGAACUCUGCGGCUUUGAUUUCGAAAACUACCGAAGAGUCCUUACUGGCUUCGGCAAAAAUGGCCACCAACGAAACGCAGCUGUCUUUUGUUCUCAUUAGAAUAGAAGACGGGGGCAAAUGGAAAUCAUCGUUGACCAAAAAACUUACUCAAGAAACAAUGAGCUCCGUUGGCGAUCGUUUAGGUGCUUCUGCAGGCGAUACUAUUUUACUUGGCCUUGGACCCAGAGAAAGCUUGGUACCGUCUAUGGGCAAGAUACGACUAGAGGUGGCCAAUCACCUCGAGACGCGGGGCGUAAACUUCCGCUCAAACAGCAACAACUUUCUAUGGGUGGUGGAUUUCCCCUUGUUUUUGCCAUGGGAAGACUUAGAUGGGGGCCCAUUGCAAUCGGCUCACCAUCCAUUUACGGCACCACAUCCUGACGAUGAACAUCUCCUGCGUUCCUCACCAUUAGACGUACGUGGCUUGCACUACGAUUUGGUAUUAAAUGGAUCCGAAAUCGGUGGCGGUUCCAUUCGCAUCCACCAGUCAGAAUUACAAGAGUAUGUUUUGAAAGAAAUCCUUCAGGAGGAUCCGUCCAACUUGCAUCAUUUGCUCAAGGCACUACGAUGUGGUGCUCCGCCACAUGGGGGGAUUGCUCUCGGUCUAGAUCGACUGAUGUCAAUCAUGUGCGAUACGAACAGCAUUCGCGAUGUUAUCGCAUUUCCAAAGAGUCUGGACGGGAAAGAUUUAAUGUCUGGUGCACCUUCAUCGAUCUCACAGAAAGAAAAAGAAAUGUAUCACAUUGGAACUGUUAAUAGUAACCGAAGCUAAGCAGGAUGGCAGUUGAUAUAGAAUGGAUUGUGUUAGAUCCAGUACUGCUAAACUGUGUAUAAGUUCAAUCUGAAUCAUGAUCAUUGUCAGGAAGUCAAUGCCAUCCUUUAAUAAAGAGUUUUUAUAGUGAAAAUGU